ACUCACUAGAUGGCGAUGUUGGUCUGGCGGUGCAAAACAUUCAAGAGGAGAAGAACAACAUCACAAACAACAUAGUUCAUUACAUCACGCUUAUUAAACUGAAACGCUGGACUGACAUUUUCAAGAUUUCAUUUAAUUUCUUCUUGGACCAACUAUAAAAACAGAAAACAAAGUUUCCGACUGAUCAUGGAUGUGCCAGAAGCCAGUCAUUCUCAAGAUGAACCGCCGGAUGCUGCAAACUCUUCAAAUGUUUCCAGUGUGUCCUUAACACCGCACAUGUUGGCCAAAAUUGAACGGAACAGACAACGGGCAUUAAUGCUCAGACAAGCCAGGCUCGCCAGUAGACCAUCUUCAGCUCCAGAAGGAGCUACAUGUGCUAAAGUGGCCAAAAUUAUAGACUCAGGUGCAGGCUUUUUUAUUGAAGAGGAGACAACAGAGGAUGAGCAGCAGGAAAAGAGAGUGGUUGAGCAACCAGGAAUACUGUAUAAUUACUUUUUUGUUUUUUACAUUAAGGUGGUAAAGCGCUCUCUGGAGGUGUGGGGCAGUGAGGAGGCUCUGGAGGAGGCCAAGGAGAGUAGAGAGGAGAACAGGGAUGUGCAAAAGCAGAAACGCUUUAAUAAAAAGGUUAAAGAGCUGAGGCGGGCAGUAAGGAGCAGUAUGUUUAAGAAAGAUACCAGCAUUCAUCAGCAUGUUUACGGCCCCGAGGAGCUGCUAGACGAAGAGGAAGAUCUCUACAGGAAAGUGUGUCAAACAUGUGGACACGAACUCACUUUUGAGAAAAUGUAAAUACGUCUUCGAGGUCUCACUGCUGUGGCUACUGUUUAGGGAAGAAGCAGGGUCCGGAUCCAGGUCAGCGAAGAGUAAUCCUGAUUUUGUUUCCGGUUCUCGACACAUUCUCUUGGAUUGCAGUCCAGGUACCAAAACAGGUUUGCAUCAGUUUCCACUUGAACCAGUUUGGAGUAUCUGAAACUCCUAACCAACAUAGUGGUGCUGUUUUGCGUUUAUGCCUUCUGAAAUUUAGAAAUGUCAGCAUUACAGUAGUGUCAGAUACGAUUAGAGUAUGUCGCUCUAGAUUUAGUCACAAGAGGGCACUGUAGAGCUACUAUUGUCAGAAAACUCUGGUCAAAAUGAUAGAUGAUGUAAGGUUGAUGUUCUUUGGCAUUUAUGGGGGAACACACUGCUGGACAUACUCUGUAUCUGUGAAAUAGAGAAGAAAAUGCAAAUGGUAAUAUUAAAUAUUACACCAUAUCACGCUGUAAUUAAUAUUUAGGAUGUGACUACCAAAAAUCUGCCCUCUCAAAUGUGAUAUUAUCAUUCCUGAAUAUCAUAACGACUAGGCGGAAGCACCAAAUUAGGCCAGAGUUGAAGUGGUAACAGGAUCUCAUUUCUCACUCUCCAACCUCGUAAUGUCCAGUGCCUGUCUGUUCGGUAAGAGAUAUUGAUGAUUCCAUACAAGAGAUUCUCUCACGGUGUUGUGUUUCAGUCUGUCUGUGUGCCUAUUGAGAGUAUCAGACUUCCCAAUUCACAAGAAACACGAAUGCACUCAUUCCUCAAUGGCCACUUUCUUCUUCACCUUUCAUGCCAAGGCUGGCUAGAUACUUUUUGCUGUAUUAGAAAUAAUGAAUUUGGUCUAUGAAAUGUUUGUUUAAAAAUAAUUUUUUGUGUGUUUGUAAUAAAUGUUUUCUUUUUUCAUAUUAGGAAAUGUUUCUCCAUUCGGUUUACAUUAUCAGCUUUUAUUAUCUGAUGUCUCGAUGACGGCAAACAUGCAUAUUAUUAUUCUUCAGGGGCACAUACUGUAUGAUCGGACCACAUGCCCAUUUUUUUGAGAGUGUGAGUGUGUGAACGUUCCUUUUGUCAUGGUGUCCACUAAGGCAGGGUUACACAUGCCUUGCAUUGCUGUCAUUUGUGUUCGCCUUAUAUCUUGUUAGCUUUUUAGUCUUUGGCCCCUUUGGCCCACUGUAGAAUAUCACCAAAUGAAGAACAUCUCCAGCAAUGUCCUGAAAUGUCACUCCUGAAGUUAGUAAUACCAAAUA